AUGUACAAAGCCGCAUUUCUAACAUCUUUCUACAGCGAUCGCGUCCACGAUAUGGAGGUAUACGACGCCACUGCUGCCUCGCGGUAUGAUGUGACCGACGUUGUAUUGCGCGAGGAGGUGGUUGGUGGCGAGGGAGCUGAUGACCGACUCGCGGAACCGAUUCGUAAGGAUUUUCUCUCUCCUUUGAGCGUGGCUAAUGAGCAUCCGCCUUUGAACAUGGCUGGUGAGCCGACGUAUCCAGAUGAGCUCGAACGCGCAAUCUUGACGACGUAG